CCCAUGAAAUCCACUGCUUUUCAGCGAACCGAAUCAAAUUGGCCGACUGCAAAAAAAGAAGUCAACGGCAAUGCCCGUUUCAGUAUCUCAGCUCAGCGACUGUCAACAGUUUGACUACGGUUAGUUUCUUCUCCAUGUCCGUCAACGCGAACAUCCUCCGGAAGCACGGGACGACCCAGCUGGCCGAAAUCCUCCUCGAGGCUUCCGUCACCAAAUCCCUCGCCGUCUCCGGCACCGGGGAUCUCGACCCGCACAGCGUCCCGCUCUCCGAGUCACUCCUCCGCCGUGUCCUCCGCUCCCCCUCCCUCCACCCCUCAAAGAAGCUCGAGCUCUUCGCAUGGGCGAGAAGCGUCCCUUCUCUCGGGCAUUUCUACAAACACUCGGCGGGCACCUACUCCCUCAUGUUCUACACCCUCUGCCGCUCCGAUCACCUCGAGGAAGUGCCGCCGUUGAUCAACCUGAUGAAGGAGGAUGGCGUCGUCGUCGAUUCUUGGACUUUCAAGUUGGUCCUCGACUCAUUGAUCCGCGCGGGCAAGUUCGACGCUGCGCUCGAUAUCCUUGGCCACAUGGAGGAGCUCGGCGUGAAGCCGAAUUCCCGCAUGUAUGACUCCGUCCUCGUCGCCUUCGUUAGGAAAGGUAAGUUGGGUCUAGCUCUAUCCAUGUUUUGCAAGCUACUGGAUGCGUCUGAUUUUAAUUCUAGCUCUACCGAUGGCGUCCAUGUUGGAUCGGUUCCGGGUUUGACUGCGUGCAAUGAGCUGUUGGGUGCACUUAAAAAAGCUGAUAUGAGGGCAGAGUUUAGGGAUUUGUUCUGUAAGUUGAGGGAAAAGGAUUGGUUCGAGUUGGAUACAGUCGGUUACAAUAUCUGCAUUCAUGGGUUCGGGUGUUGGGGUGAUUUGACCACUUCGUUGAAGCUUUUCGAGGAGAUGAAGGCAAAGAGCCUCAAGUCAGGCUCUUUCGGGCCCGACUUGUGCACCUACAAUAGCUUAAUUCAGGUGCUUUGCCUCUCGGCCAAGGUGAAAGACGCGCUCACAGUUUAUGAGGAAAUGAAGGGUUCAGGCCACGAGCCUGACUCGUUCACGUACCGGAUCCUGAUCCAGGGAUGCUCAAAGUCGUACCGGAUGGAUGAUGCCAUGAGAAUUCAUGGUGAGAUGGAGUAUAACGGGUUUCGGCCUGACGUGGUAGUUUAUAAUGCUCUCCUUGAUGGUCUUCUUAAGUCCAGGAGAGUCGUGGAGGCCUGCGGACUCUUUGAGAAGUUGGUCGAGGAUGGAGUUAGGGCUUCAUGUUGCACUUAUAAUAUCCUAAUUGAUGGACUAUUUAAGAACGGAAGGGCCGAGGGAGCUUAUACUCUGUUCUGUGACUUGAAGAAGAAGGGUCAUUUUGUGGAUGGCAUUACUUACAGCAUUGUGGUAAUUCAGCUUUGCAAAGAAGGUCUGGUCGACGAAGCCUUUGACUUGGUUAAAGAAAUGGAAGCCCGGGGUUUUGUCGUUGACUUGGUGACUGUAACUUCCCUACUAAUUGGGUUUCACAAACAUGGUUAUUGGGAUGGCGCAGAGAUGCUAAUGAAGCACAUUAGGGAUGGAAAUUUGGUGCCAAACAUACUCAAGUGGAAGGCAAAUAUGGAGGCUGUGAUGAAGAACCCGCAGAGUAGGAGAAAGGAUUACACUCCUCUAUUUCCAUCUCGGGGUGACCUUAGUGAGGUAAUGAGUUUAAUCAGCUCCUCUGAGUCAGGAAGAGAAGUUGAGGAGACUGUCAAUGUUGAUGAUAAUGACGAAUGGUCAUCUUCUCCGUAUAUGGACCAACUCGCCAGUAAAGCGAAGUCAGGGGACCUGGCACCUCAGCUUUUUUCAAUUCCAAAGGCUGAACGAGUUUUAAGUAAAGGAGUGGAUUCAUUCGAUAUUGAUAUGGUGAACACCUUCUUGUCGAUCUUUUUGGCAAAAGGGAAGAUUAGCUUGGCUUGUAAGUUGUUUGAGAUAUUCACAGACAUGGGUGUAGACCCCACGAGUUAUACCUACAACUCCAUCAUGAGCUCUUUCGUCAAAAAGGGCUAUCUCAGCGAAGCGUGGAGUGUUCUCAAUGAGAUGGGCGAGAAAAUUUGCCCUUGGGACAUAGCAACCUAUAAUGCAAUAAUUCAGGGGCUAGGGAAGAUGGGGAGGGCUGACCUUGCAAGUUCAGUCCAUGAUAAGUUGAUUAAGCACGGGGGUUACUUAGACAUCGUUAUGUAUAACACUCUGAUAAAUGCAUUGGGAAGUGCUGGGAGGAUUGAGGAAGCUUGUGGACUCUUCGGGCAAAUGAGGGCCAGCGGAAUAAAGCCUGAUGUCGUGACCUUUAAUACCCUUAUUAAGGUUCACACAAAAGCAGGUAAGUUGAAGGAGGCAUAUAAGUUCUUGAGGAUGAUGCUUGAUGAGGGUUGCUCCCCGAAUCAUGUGACAGACACCACCUUGGAUUUGCUCGGGAGGGAAAUUGAGAAGUUGAGGUAUAGAAAAGCUUCAAUCAUGGGACCACAUGAAGAUGAUUCCAACUAAAGAGGAUUUACUUUUCAUCAAGUUUGCUGUUCCAUUGGACCUUUGUUGAACAAACCCUUGGAGAUGGUGAGCAGGAAUCCUCGUGCUGGAUCAAGUCUAUGACAGGACUGCGGGGGUCGACUGUGGGCUCCAUAGCUAUGUGAUUGAACUUGCAAGCAUUCCAUGGAUCCAGUCCAUGGACUGACUUUCACAUCAGUUUGGAAUAUAGACUAAGAGCAAAAACAACACUGGGGACAAUUACCAGUUAUAAAAAGAAAAUGCAUGUGGAGAAAAUCCUGUGUUGAUAUAUGGAAGCCGCGAAACAAGAACUCAGAGAUUUCUGGCUUCUAUCAUUAUAUUCGAAGUGAAGGAAAUAGCCGGAUGUCAGAAAUUGGAGAAAAUCAGCAGAAAAACUUAUCGAUCAACAUGGAAGUUUUGUUGGAGAAACAUAGUUGAGGUUGAGAAGAAUGCUCGGUCUGCAAAGGAUCUAUCACUUUGAGGUGAUCCAACUGGUUACUUCUUGUGGAUGAUAAUUUUUCAUCGUAUGCAGCAGGCAAUAAGGCUGCAGGGAUUUGGAAGAGUUUAAAGGGAUUAGUCUAAACCCUUUUAUUCAUAUGAGCUUUUAGAAAUUAAUUUCUAUCACGUCCUCUUGUCAUUUUUUUUAAUAUAGUUUAAGAUUUUUGAUAGCUUAUUUUCCAAUAAGCUGAACUUUCAAACUGGACCACUGGAGACUGGCUCUAUAGGGGAGGUCCAGAGGGUCGACGCAGUUGGUCUUUCUAAAAACUUUAUCGAAUUAGAGGCUCGGAAACACCUCCAGAUUCCCUCAAUUCAUUGGUAAGUGAUAUAUGUAAACCUGUUCAAUUUU